UUCAAUUACUCGCUCCCAGCGCAUCAGAAUUCAAUCUUCAUCCAAGAGAAGUCGUUUGGAGCUUGUCUGAAAUUGCGUAUACAUUCUCUCUAUUUAUUUAUUAAGUUAUUUCGAUUUCAUUUCUUAUUCGCGAGCGUACUGGUAGAACAGAUCGUGAACACGUUUUAAAGUGGUUGUAAUUGAUUUGAAAUGGAAGAAAGAUGUCGUCCAAUGCUACUGUACAGUGUUAUUGCUCUUCUCUGUGCGCCCGUGUCCUCAGUAGCGGACAGACAGUAUCUGAACGAAUGGGCUGUGGAGGUUCCCGGAGGAGUGAACGCUGCCAGAUCCAUCGCCGACGAACUGGGCUACAGAUUGGUCCGACAGAUCGGGGCUUUGGAAAACCAUUAUUUAUUCAAUCGACACAAUCACCCUAGCAGGACGAAAAGAAGUGCAGAACACAUCACCAAACGUCUUUCAGAGGAUGACAGGGUGUCGUGGGCCGAACAGCAGUAUGAGAAGCGGAGGGCCAAGCGUGCUCCGCUGGAGGCAGAAUGUAAGGACUGCUCGGUGGACAAACUAUUCGAUGACCCCAUGUGGAACCAGCAGUGGUACCUGCAAGACACACGGACGUCUCCUUCCCUCCCCAAACUGGACCUGCACGUGAUCCCAGUCUGGAAGAAGGGCAUCACCGGCAAAGGUGUGGUCAUCACGGUCCUCGACGACGGCUUGGAGUGGAACCACACCGACAUUUACCCCAACUACGAUCCUGCUGCCAGCUACGAUUUCAACGACAACGAUCCUGACCCGUUCCCCAGAUACGACUCCACCAACGAGAAUAAACAUGGCACCAGAUGCGCUGGCGAGAUCGCCAUGCAAGCGGACAACAACAAAUGUGGAGUCGGUGUGGCCUACAAUUCAAAAGUGGGAGGGAUUCGAAUGCUGGAUGGAAUCGUGACGGAUGCCAUUGAAGCUAGUUCUAUAGGCUUUAACCCCGACCACGUGGACAUCUACAGCGCCAGCUGGGGUCCUAAUGAUGACGGGAAGACCGUAGAAGGACCCGGUCGCCUGGCACAGAAAGCAUUUGAUUACGGCAUUCAGAAGGGGCGUGGCGGGAAAGGGUCUAUUUUCGUGUGGGCGUCUGGUAAUGGUGGGCGUCAGGGCGACAACUGUGAUUGUGACGGAUACACAGACAGCAUCUACACCAUCUCUAUCAGCAGUGCCUCCCAGCAGGGUCUCUCCCCGUGGUACGCUGAAAAAUGCUCCUCUACGCUGGCCACGGCCUACAGCAGCGGAGACUACACCGACCAGAGAAUAACUAGUGCGGAUUUGCACAACGAAUGCACAGAAACGCACACUGGCACAUCUGCAUCCGCCCCACUGGCUGCUGGGAUAUUUGCCCUUGCUUUAGAGCAAAACCCUGAUCUGACCUGGCGAGACCUGCAGCACUUGGUGGUCUGGACGUCUGAGUUCGACCCCCUGGCCAACAACCCAGGCUGGAAAAGAAACGGAGCUGGAUUGAUGGUCAACAGUCGUUUCGGGUUCGGUCUACUAAACGCCAAAGCCCUGGUGGAUCUGGCCGAUCCCAAAGUCUGGAAGCACGUUCCGGAAAAGAAGCAGUGCAUCGUCAGAGAUGAGACAUUCCAACCGAGACCAUUAAAGGCUGCAGGGGAAAUUGCCAUCGAGAUUCCAACCAAGGCCUGCGCAGGACAGGCGAACUCCAUCGUGUCUCUGGAACACGUGCAGGUAGAGGUCAGCAUCGAGUACACACGGAGAGGAGACCUUCACAUCACGCUCACAUCUCCAUCAGGCACCACCACAGUCCUGCUGGCUGAGCGAGAGCGGGACACAUCAUCCAACGGUUUCCGCAACUGGGCCUUUAUGUCCGUGCACAGCUGGGGAGAGAAUCCCACCGGCACUUGGACCCUGAAGAUCACAGAUAUGUCAGGCCGGCUUGAGAACGAAGGUCAGAUUCUCAGCUGGAAGUUGAUUUUGCAUGGCACAUCUGAGAAGCCAGAACACGGGAAGAAGACAAGAGUGUACGCGCCGUACAACGCAGUGCAGAAUGAUCGCAGGGGUUUGGAGCCCUUGGAAGACAUGAUAAAGGAGGUUCCCACUCCAGCCCAAAAACCUGAAAAUCCAAAUCCAUUGGCGUCAGACUACUUUCCUCCGAUCCCUUCCCCUAACCUUCCCGCAGAAUAUCCAUCUGAGGGCCCUGGCCUCUCCAAUGCCAAUAUGGCGCUCCUUCGCCUCCUCCAGUCGGCCUUCAACAGGCAGAGCCCUGUGAUCCCUCCUCACAUGUUGGCUGCUUCUCCCAAGGUCGUGCAACAUGAAAGGAUCCCUCCGCAGAAGCUGUACCAGGCCCUGGAUCAACUGAACCGGUACAGAGGUUCUGACAGCGGCUUGUUCAGUGACUACAGCGACAACUUCUAUAAAGUCCAGCCAUACAGGCACAGAGAUGACCGGCUGCUGCAAGCCCUCUUUGAUAUGCUUGGAGAUGACCAGCAGUAAGAUGGGUGGAAGGGGAGAAGGAGGAGGGUAAAGAGGCAUUUUGGGUGGGGGGACUGAAUGCAUCCUUGCUGAAAAGACCAGUGGAAAUUUCUAGAACUGCUGUUUACCGGAAAAAUCCAGCAUGUUGUUUUUGUUGUUAAGCUAGUCCAUUUGCAUGUUCUUGCUGGUUUGUAUGUUCAUGCUGGUUAUUUCUGUUUAGACUAAACAAUCUGUGUAUGUCAGUAACGCUUCUGAAACGUUUUAGCUGGUUAAGCGGAUCUGUUUCUUUGGUUAAACAGUCUGGCGGUCAUGAAACUGACCAGAGCGUAUAGGCAUCAGAAAUUUACUGGUCUUUUCAGCGGGAUGAAGAAAGGUUGUUAACUGGUCAGACGGUAAACAAGAGUGUGUGAGGAGAGUAGAGUUUGGUUCUCUUCCAGACAAGCUUGUUCUUAUCUGCACAUGUAGUUAUUGACUAUAAGCAUUCUAAGACCCGUGUCUGUCCGUGUGAGUGUUUGUAUAUGUGGUGAACAGCCAGCUGUAUUUGGCCCUCAGUUUUGAACCAGGUUACUUAAAAAAUCAUAGCUCCGCAGGUAUGCCAACCUGUAUCAUUGUCACAUGACUAAUCAUAAGACCAAUCCCGGCCUUUCAAACCUGUCUUGACUUUUUCGUAUGACGCCUUCACUGCCACAAACUGUUGCAUGCUAUCAAAACGUUUACAUUAUGAGAUAUAUUCUGUUAUAAGUGAUUGUAUAUUGUUUUUGAGACCGUAACAUCUCUCUCAAAUCAAUCUGUAGUUUGUGAAUUUAAAUAUUCAUUGAUUAUCGGUUGCUUGAGGUUAUAAACAGAAUUUACAAAGAAUAUGUUAGUUUUCCUACAGCAGGGCUUCCCAACCAGGUUUUUAUUGAACCAAACGGUUGAAAAAUGGAACUACAGAAGGUUAUGAAAUUAAAUUAACAAUGUAAAAAAAAUGUCCCAUUGGCUUUCCAUAGUAGGAAUAAAAAUUACUAUGGAAAGUCAAUGGGGGCAAAUUUUGAUGUGAAUUACUCCUUUAAAGUUGAAGCCACAUUCACAGUUAUGUGGCAGCAAAAAAGACAUAAAAAAUUACAAAGUGCACCUUAAAAAAAAAUUACAAAGUGCACCUUAUCUAAAAAAAAACAGAAGGCCUACAAUAAAAACUAAAUAGAGCAUUUUCCUCUGAUUAUUAAAAAAGGAGACAAAUGUUUAGCUAUUUAAAUGUUUUGAAGAAAAAUGAUUUAGUUUCUGCCAUGAAAGUACAGUGGGCACAGAAGAUCGCUGCUGUAUGCAACCUAAAUAAUGGUCAGCUAUGGGUGUUGUGUACUGAUACUAAUAAAAUCUUGGUAAAAAAAGCCUUAAGGCUAAAAUACACUACAAGACUUUUUCUCAGAUUUUGCCCAGCUUUCAGUCUAGACUUGUUGUAGAAAGUCUGUGCCAGUCUACAGAUUUGAUCAGUUUGUGUGUUUCUAUCUGAAACUUUCAAACAUUCUGCUCAUGUUUUCAUGUCUUGUAGUGUAUUCCAGCCAUGAGAUGUGCUUAACCCAUCAGAAAAGGAUCUAUUCGAGAAACAGAGAUGAGAUUUAGUAGACAAAAAAAUGGCUGGGAAUCCCUGUUUUUCCUUUGAGGAUUUAAUACCUGGUUCUAGUGCUGAGUGUUUAUACAUCACACUCAGGCUUACAGCGUUUAGAUGUUUAGAGCAUUCCCGUUCACUUAACUCCACAAUACAAUGCAACACACACCUGUGGAUCUUGAAUUUCUCUGCCCUUUAUUUGCACAACUUUUUACCAUGUACCUCUCUGCAGCUCUCUCCAGAUUUAUGCGCUUUAGAAAUGAUCUAAAUACAGUUAUCUCACAAAUAGUGCUUUAGAAAACACGAGUGAAUCGUGCACCCCAAACAAUGUCUAUGUAUCAACUGAUUUUGUAUGCUCAAAGAUUCAUAAAACAAAGAUAAAUGUUUAUUUUUCUAAGAAUACAUAGUCGUUUAUGAGAAUAAACAGGUAAUAUCUAUAUAGAAAUCGAAUAUAUUAUAGCAGCAUUUACCUCAUAAAAACCAAAUCACAUUUCCUACCUGUCUCUUAUUGUGUUGUUGUACCUUUAACCUGAAAUGUCUCAGAUUUCCAAUAAACACGCAGCUGUUGUGAUGAUGCUCUGAAAGGGACUGUCUGUGAUUUGCAUUGUAAACAAGCUCCAUUCUCUUUGAGACCUUUCAUAAUUCAAGCAUUAUUAAAUUAAAGUUGAAAAAUCA